AUUUUGAAGUAAAUAUUUGCAAGGGUCUUUCAGGCGGCAGCGGGACUCCUAUACCGGAGGUUUAGCCUAGUAGUUCAUUUUUAGUUUUUCGCAAUGAUGAGACUGGAUUCUAACGAUGAUGACGUGUCAUUGUUUGAUGCAGAGGAAAAUACGGGCAGUAAAUCAAAAAAGACCAAAAUAAAACAUCCAGUGGCAUCGUUUUUUCACCUGUUCUUCCGUGUGGCUGCCGUCCUGGUUUACUUGCUCUGCGAGGUUUUGAGUAGCAGCUUUAUCGCGUGCAUGGUCACCAUCAUCCUGCUCCUGUCAUGUGACUUCUGGACCGUGAAGAACAUCACUGGCAGACUGAUGGUGGGCCUCAGAUGGUGGAACCAGGUGGAUGAUGAUGGUAAAAGCCAUUGGGUGUUUGAGUCCAGAAAGGGGCCGGCCAAGCAGCUGGGCUCGGACUCAGAGUCCCGCAUCUUCUGGCUGGGACUCGUGGUGUGUCCCAUCCUGUGGGUCAUCUUUGUCUUCAGUGCCCUCUUCUCAUUCAAGAUUAAAUGGCUGGCUGUGGUGAUCAUGGGACUGGUGCUACAGGGGGCUAAUCUAUAUGGCUAUGUGCGCUGUAAAGUGGGCAACAAGACCAACUUAAAGAAUAUGGCUACUAAUUACUUUGGACGUCAGUUUCUCAAACAGGCAAUGGCUAAAGAAGAGGAAUCCUAGAGUGGAAGUACUCAACAUAUGUUUGCAUUAAUCUUAAUGCUAUUAUAUAGACUUUUACUAGCACAGUGAUGCAUAACCCCUUUGGAACAUUUCAAUACCAUUGAGGUAUUUUCCAAUUUGAAACAGCGAUUUUAAUAAUUCAGGACAAAAUUCCAAUGUCUGAAUGUGUUUUCCUAAACAGGUAUUCAAUUCACUCAAACAAACCUAUUUAAUAUAACUUUUUUUCUGUUGCAUAUUAACUUUUACUUUAGAAAAGGAAUCGUGUUUUUAAAGAUGGUUAUGGCACAAACAAUUUGUUUGUACAGUACAGUUGGUUGUAAUGCAGUAUCAAGUAUAAUUGUAAAUAUUUAUUUAUGUAAAGGAUGAUGUGGAACAUUGUGUGUAAAUACAUUUAUACCGUUUUGUGGAAAGACAUAUAUAUUUGAGUGAUUUGGAAUUAAUAGUAUCACAAUGACAUUCUUCCAAAUAUCUUUGUACUGUUCUUGAAACCUGCUGUGUAGAUGUUGGAUAUCAUGAGCCGUUACGGUAGCUGCAUGAUGAUGGCGUAUUUACAAUGUGCAGUUAAGAUCCACCAUGGACUUGCUUGGGUUUGAGAAAGGACAGUACGGAUUAACCUACAUGCGUUAAUGUCUUCAUUUAAAAUUGACAUCGAUAUAGUACGUGAGUGUGCUGUGCAUUUCUUCAAUUGUGAACUUAUUUCAUGCAUUCAACUGCUUUACUCUGUCUCAAGUGUGACAUCUUGUGGUAAGUUCACGCACAAAACGUCUACAUGUAUUCUUAUUAGAUUUGCCAUGGCCGUAAUUCAUGCAUCAAUUCUGCAAUAAACUUUUUAAACUGAA